CUUUUCUAUAACCUCAUUGUUUACUGAGAGGUUUAAAGCUAUGAUGCCAAUGAACGUUAUUAAGAACAACCUCACUCACCUUAUUUCUUGCAGGCUCGCUCAGUUCAGCUGGAAAUCUUGAAUGGUUGCGGUUGAACCUGCUGAGGUGAAUGACAGCACAUAAUGGCAUUUUCUGGGAAGUAUCAGCUUGAGUCUCAUGAUAACUUUGAGCCUUUUAUGAAGGCUGCUGGUCUGUCUGAUGAGCUCAUUCAGAAGGGGAAGGACCUCAAGAGCAUCUCAGAUAUUGAUCAGAAUGGGGAUGACUUUAAGGUCACUGUGACUACUGGCAGUAAAGUCAUAGUGAACUGCUUCACUGUAGGGCAGGAGUGUGAGCUGGAGACUCUCACUGGAGAAAAGACCAUGGCUGUAGUGCACAUGGAUGGGAACAAGCUGACCACUACAGUGAAGGGCAUUGACUCGGUUACUGAGAUAAAUGGGGACACCAUUGUUAAUACUAUGACACUGGAUGGCAUUGUGUAUAAGCGGAUCAGCAAGCGUAUUUCCUGAUGUGUCAUUUAAUAAUUUGAAAAUAAACUCAUAAAUCAUCCA